CUUUUUUAAAUUAUCCUCUUGGAAAUCUAGCUACACAUGAAGCAAUAUUUCACUGCGUUUUAGAUCAAAGGUUGUAUCAACAAAACAAAAGAAAAAAAGAAAACCAACAAAAUAUUCUAAGCGACUAGGGCGCGACGCUUUUUGCUAACGUUACCAAAGUUAGAUAGCUAGCGAAGUUACUUUUAUAUAUUUUGUAAUGGCACAUGCAGGACACAACCCAGUCUGUUUUCGCUGGAAGAGGCUCACAAAGAACAAGGCAGUGGCGUCUAAGGUGCAGUUUAAUGAUGGUGAUAUUGCUAAGUGGAGGAAGAAAGUAGAGAUGGCUUCUGAGCUGGCCCUGUCAGAGGUUUUCCCAUCCCAGAAGACUGCAUCAAAAAGAAGAAAUAGCCAAGCAGUUAUGCUUCAGAACAUAGAGCAGCUGCAUGACCAUGAUGAGGCCUACAGUGAAGCACAAGACCUCUUGAAUAAUUGGAUGAGCAGGAAGUUGCAUCUGGAGCUGGAGGUGGAAGAGGAUAAAGACACGGUUAUCACCAGGGAAACUGACAGUUUAUUUGCCCCACCCUCUCCCUUUCGGCAGCACAGUAACUUUGAUGACCUGUACUCCCACCUUGACCAGGAGGCAGAGGACUGUGCUGUGCACAAUGUCCUGCAGGAGCUAAUGGAAUUAGAGAUGGUGGAUUCCGGGGUAGCGGAGGACCUUAUGUCAGACAUGGAGAGGAAAAAGACCAGGAAAAAUAAUGCCCUGGUUCCCAUGGAGAUGAGGCACCAGCUGGUUCGAGAUAGCCAAGCACAGCGAGAUGCUGAACACCUGAAGCAACAGGAGAGAAAGUUUCUUAAGGAGGUGAAAGAGAAGGCUCAGAGGCGGGAGCGGCAGGAGCAGCGCAGGAGGAGGCAGGAGGAGCGACAGCAAGAGGAGCUACUACAACAGGAGGUGGUGCAACUGCGCAGGAAGAUGGUGGAGCAGAGAAAUCUGGAACAGCGUGCCCGCCUCAUGAAGAGGGAGAGUCAGAACAAGAAGACACUGAUCCUGGCUUCCCCACCACCUGACCUUGUACCCACGGUCCCCAAAAUGCAGCAGGUGCAAGAGCAGCAGAAACGGGAGGAACUGAGCAGACUGCACGUGGUACAGUCCAAAGUUCACAUGCUGAACCUGCGGAUUCUGCAGAACCAUUUCUCAAAGUGGUAUUCCACUGCCCUGGAGAGAAGAGUGCAAAUGGGCAAUGCAGCAGCACUGCAUGAUUGGAGGAGCCAGCUAAGAGUGUGGCGAGAGUGGCGGUCUUUGGUGUGGGCCGGACGGAAGGAGCGUGAGGCAAGGAGUACAGAGGAGGAACUACGCUCAGAAAACAGGCGCUGCCAGGUGGCACUGGAAAAUGAUCGGUGGAGGCUGCUGAGGCGGUGCCUACAUGCCUGGAGAAUCUUGGUUCAGGCAGAGCAGAACCGACAGGACCUCUUCAAUCAACAGGAGGAGACACAACACAAAAUUGCUGCCCUAAUCAAUGCUGCAAAAUCAGGGAAACUGGGGGCAAGCAAUACUGUGCCCUCAGCACCCUACCCCAGCCUACCCACAACUACUGUCCCACCUGAGACCACUUCUACUCAGUCCCAGGGGGUAGAUGGCGUCCCCCAGAGGUUUGGCCGGAAGGAGGAGCGUUGCAAGGAACAGCAGGGCAUUGUUGCAGAGCAGUGCCAGCAUCUGAGGGAGCAGCGAAGGCAGCUGCUUCUAGAGGAGCAGAGAUUGCUGAAACAUCAGCGGAAGGAGCAAGGGAUGGUCGGAAAGAAGCAGCAGUCUCAAAGCACUCCACGCCCAUGCCCUGACCCAGAGGAACUUCCAGAAGGACCAAGGUGUGUUCAGCAGGUGGCCAUGGUAGUACAUUCAGCACCUGAAACUUCCCUGCAGCCCCGUCCUUCUUCCCUGGUAACAGCAAUGGAGGAACGUGCAAGGCAGCGAGCUGAGCGCAAGAGAGAGUUGAAGGAGAUGAAGAGAAGGAAGGAGGAAGAGAGACAGACCCUGAUGAGGGUGGAAGAAGAGCAGAGGCAGCAAGAGAGGAAUGAGGAGAAGAAGAGGGAAGCAGAGAUGAGAAGGGAGAAGAGGAGACAACUGAGAGAGAGGGAGAUCGAGAGACAGCACAAGGCGGAGCAAGAGAAGCAGAUGUUUGAUAAGGCUGUGGAACACCAUCACAGAGCCCUGCUUCUGCACCAUGGACUGAUUCCUUUGAAACGCCUACUGAAAAAGAGCCACACUCAAAACCAGCUGGCCCAGGCCCAGUACAGAGCCUCCCUCCAGAGACGAUUCCUCCUUAUCUGGCUGCAAGCUGCAGGCAAGUCUGUGGCUGAGAAAGAGGCCCGUGCUACCCACAUGUACCAACACAUUCUACUGAGGAGGAUUCUUCACUUCUGGCUGAAGAUGAAGGAGUACGCAGUGGUUCAGAAGAUGCAGGCAGAGCAGUUCUGCCAGACUCGGAUUCUGCACAGGACCUUGAUGUCGCUGCAGGAUCAUGUGGCGAAUGAAAGAUUUGCAGCAUGGGAUAAAGAAAGGCAGGCCAAAGAACACUGGCUCAGGCGCAUGAAGCAGAAGUGUUUCUGUGCAUGGCAGGAGCUACCUCGUUUGCUGCGGGAAGAAAGAGGGAGAGAAGAGCGUCGGGAUCUGCUCCGUCGCAGAGUGGCUGAGAUCCUGCCAGACUUCCACCGCUCAUCAGCAGUGGAGGCAUGGGGAUCACCAGCACUCUGAGCAACAAGACAGGAUUGCAGGAGGGGUUCAUGAGGAGUGAAAACGUGGGAUUGUCGGCAUGGCUAACUCUGAGAGGCAGAGUAGGUCCUCUAACAGAACUGAAGUGAUGAAAAGCUCCUUAUUUACUGUACGUCACAUAUUAAUUGUCAAAUAAAAACUGUCAAAGCCCACUGAUGAGACAGUUCACACAUGCAGACUUUCUUGAAAUGACCUAUCACUUUUUAUCAGCUUGAUUCUGUCAGAAUAAAGGUUUUAAAAAACUGUU